CGCGGCCUAAUCAGCCGCAGUAAUUCCGAACUUUACCAAAACGGAUAUCGCCGCCGCUUCUACUAUCGGGAAAAGGGAAAAUAAAGGCGGGGAAAAUGCUUCUCUUGUCGGUGCUUCUUGUCAGUUCCAUCACGGUGGUUCACUCGGGCAAAAUAGAGACAACUGCCGACUGUAUGAUGUACUUGUCGAAGUACGGCUAUGUACGCCCCACCACCGAAGGCGCUAACAUGAACGAAGAAGAUAUAAUAGCGGGCAUCUACAAAUUCCAGAGCAUGGCUCAUAUUGCGGAAACUGGCGAGUGUGAUGCAGCAACGAAGGCGAUGAUGAACAAGCCUCGAUGUGGUUUCCCAGAUUUCGAUGACGAUAUGGACGCAAAGAGAAGGAAACGCUACGUGCUGUUUCAUACAAAAUGGUCCAAGACGGACUUGACCUAUCGCAUCGACUCCGUGACACCAGAUAUUCCCGACCCAUCACAUGUGAAAGACACUUUUGCCAAUGCCCUUCGAGUUUGGGCUGAAGUCUCGUCACUGACAUUUACCAAUGCAUCUUGGGACGAAGCUGCCGACUUCGUGAUUAACUUCUAUGGAGAGGGCCAUGAUUUAGACAUAGAGUCCGAUGGGGCAGGAGGGGUUCUGGCUUUCGCCUAUUUGCCUGAGGAUGGUAGAUCAUUUUUUGAUGACAAUGAAACCUGGAGCAUCAAUGAAUCGCCCCUGCCAGGAAUCGACCUGUUGUUUGUAGCAGUGCACGAGUUUGGCCAUAGCCUGGGUCUGCUGCAUAGUAACAUUACGGAUGCGGUGAUGUAUCCGUAUUACCCUGGGUACGAUCCAAACUUCAGUCUCCACGAAGAUGAUAUCGCCGGCAUUCAGGCUUUGUACGGUGAUUCUAAUUUUACUCGGCCGACGAUUCCGGUGCCAACCGCUACCAACCCUGGGGUUUUGUUUCCAUUUGGAGUCGUGGAAGGAGACACGUUUCUUCCACCCAGUGACGAUGGAAGCACCGGAAGCAUUCCUUUAUCUUCAAGCUUCCCUUUUUACGAUUACAGCCAUAACUCUCUCUUUGUGAACACAAAUGGUUUGAUUUCCUUCCUGGUCCAAGUCUCAGGGUUUACCACGUCACCAUUCCCGCUGGGUGGUAACAGACGCUUGGUGGCGGUAUUCUGGGGGGACGUGAAUACCAACUAUGGGGGAACCGUGUCCUACCGUGAACUUCAUCGUAAUACCAGCACCGAGGAGCUAUUCGAUCGGUCAGAUAAUAUCACCAGACAGGCUUCAGGCAACUAUUCUCAGUUUUCAGCAUCGUCGAUGUUCAUCGCGACGUGGGACAAAGUUCCAUUUUAUGGAGCCAAUGCUGUAGGACGUGAAAUAACCAACACAUUUCAGGUUGUACUUGUGACCGAUGGUAGCCUUUCCUUUGCCAUUUACAACUAUGAGGACAUUCGUUGGACGUCCGGCGCAUAUUUGGGUGGAAGUAGCUCCACUGGACUGGGCGGUACCCCAGCUCAGGUUGGAUUCAAUAGUGGUGACGGCUUCAAGUACUGCAGUCUUCCCGAAUCCAGAACGGAUGCCAUCGUUGACGUUGACCUACAGACGAACAUCGGCAAAAGAGGGCGCUUUCUGUUUCGUAUCGACAGUACUAGCGAAAUCAGUGAAGGCCAAGGAUGCGAGAUGUUGCACGACCCUGACGAUUGUGCCCCCAACCCUUGUGAGAAUGGUGGGAUAUGUGUUGAUAGAUUCAGAAGCUACAUUUGCUUUUGCAUCGAUGGAUACACUGGUGUCAACUGUACAACACCUCCAGCGAUUCCAGCUACAACUGAAGAAUUAACCAGCACUUCAGAACAGAUCAUCACUGUAACACAAUCUACACAACUACCACCUACGCAACAACCACCAUCCGGACAACCAACAUCAGGACAACCACCAUCCGGACUACCAACAUCCGGACAACCACCAUCCGGACAACCACCAUCCGGACAACCAACAUCCGGACAACCAACAUCAGGACAACCAACAUCAGGACAACCAACAUCAGGACAACAACCAACAACCAGCCCAUUGUCAACAACAUUUCCGGUACAAACCUCCAUGAACACCACCAACCCUGGGAUUUUGUUUCCCUUUGGAGUCGUGGAAGGAGACACAUUUCUUCCACCCAAUGACGAUAGGAGUUCUGGAACUAUUCCUUUAUCUUCAAGCUUUCCUUUGUACAAUUACAACCAUAACUCUCUUUUUGUGAACACAAAUGGUGUGAUUUCCUUCCUGGUCGAAGUCUCGACGUUUACCCCGUUACCAUUCCCGCUGGACGGAGACAGACGCUUGGUGGCGGUAUUCUGGGGAGACGUGGAUAUCAGGUAUGGGGGCAGCGUGUCUUACCGUGAACUUCAUCGUAAUAUCAGCACCCAGGAGCUAUUUAACUGGUCAGAAACUAUCGUCAGACAGGCUUCAAGCGACUAUUCUCGGUUUUCAGCAUCUUCGAUGUUCAUCGCGACGUGGAACAAAGUACCUUUUUAUGGAGCCAAUGCUGCAGGACGUGAAAUAACCAACACAUUUCAGGCUGUGCUCGUGACCGAUGGCAGCCUUUCCUUUGCCAUUUACAACUAUGAGGACAUUCGCUGGACAACCGGCACAGCAAGCGGUGGAAGCAGCUCCACUGGACGGGGCGGUACCCCAGCUCAGGUUGGAUUCAAUGGUGGUGACGGCGUCAAUUACUGCAGUCUUCCCGAAUCCAGAACGGAUGCGAUCGUUGACGUUGACCUACAGACAAACAUCGGCACUAGAGGGCGCUUUUUGUUUCGCAUUGACAGUAUCAGCGAAAUCGAUCAAGGAUGCGAGAUAUUGCACGACCCUGACGAUUGUGACCCCGACCCUUGUGAGAAUGGUGGGAUAUGUGCUGAUGGUUUUAGAAUGUACACUUGCUUAUGCGUCAAUGGAUACACAGGUGUCAACUGUACAACACCUCCAGUUAUCGACGAAUGCGAUCCAGCUUCGCCGUCACAUAACUGCGAUGUGAAUGCCAUUUGUAGCGACACGCGUUAUAGUUUCAUCUGCACUUGCUCGGCUGGAUAUGCUGGGAACGGCACAUUUUGUACAGAUGUCCAGUCGCCAAACAUCACAUGUCCCGCUAACCAGACAGUUUACACAAACUGUCGCAAGACCUAUUCAACAGUGUCACUACCGGACGCAGAUUUUGCUUCGGACAACUCAGGAGUAUAUUCCAUCUCGAUUGAUGUGGACGGGUCUGCUUAUCAGGCUUCCGUCACCGUCAGCCUCGACCUCUCGGCCUCACCUCAUUUGCUGCGCUACACUGCUACUGAUGAGUCCGCCAAUUAUGCAGAGUGUGAAAUGAGCAUCACAGUUGCUGAUGAACCAGAUGCUUCAUUUUGUACUGCCACGGGCAACCCCACGAACUGCAUAUGUCUGCCCCAGCACGCACCGUAUUGCAAUUGCUCGUCGGGGUACUGUGGACAUGAUUGUUCUCAGUCAGCCGAGGGAGUUGAGUGCACUGGUCCAGCUGUGCCCUAUCCUAAUUGCACAGACAUUGAUGAGUGCAAUCCAGGGCACUCGGGGCCACGCUGUGAAGCCGACAGCACAGUUCAGUGUCCCGAGGUUGGUAACACGUGUCUUGACGAAGGGGUUUCAUCAGUGUCAGUCGGUUGGACACUAUCGGCAGACUUAGACCCAAGUUCGGAUGAUAUUACUUGUAGAGACUUGACUGAUGGAGCCACAGUGAAUAUCACAGGUGGAGUGUUUGGAAUAGGGCCACACCACGUGGUUUGCUCGUCAAAUGCUGGUGCCUUUGCAGAUUGCCUCAUUUCGUUCAGUGUUUCAUCAUAUCCAAGACUCGCAGUACCGGAAGUGGGUGCUCAGUGUACGGACCCAGGCAUGGACACAGCUACAGUGACAUGGAGUGAGGUUUAUGCCAUGGACGCUGGGGAAGUCACCAUCGAUUGCACAGAUUCUGGUGAUGGCAUCGGUGUCGAUCUUACAGGAGGUGUAUUUGGAGUGGGGAACUAUACCAUCACCUGUAUCGUUACCAAUGACGUUGGCUGUGUGACCUCGAAGAACUUCACCUUCACUCUAUACAAGAAUCAUCUGUUCACGUUUGGUGCCGAGGUUGGUGAUUUCCUCCUGUCAAAUGUACCCCAGCAGCCACAAUUGUCAAGUAAAGACUUGAUAUCACCCACCAUCUCCCCACCAAAUUUCUUCCCCUUCUGCCAAGAACUUUAUGAGAAACUGUAUUUCACUGACAAUGGCGUGAUUGUUCUCUCAAACGAUCGACGUCUGGACAAACGUGCAUUCUCGAGUGCUACACUUCCUUUCUUCACUGGCGAUGAGGCAAUGAUAACGCCAUUUUGGGCCGAUGUUAAAGGCGAUGCCUUUACCCCGACCAGUAACGUUUUCUGGCAGGUGUAUGAUCAGUACGACGAAAAUGUCAACCAGGACAAGUUGGACAGCAUCAGCGCUGCUGUGUCGACCAAAUUUGGCACAUUUUCAGCAAACUGGGCACUCGUAGUCACCUGGAGUAACGUUAAAUUAGCGUCUACGUUAUCGGAUGGGACAAACACAUUCCAAGCUGUGCUGGCAACGGAUGGAAUCCAUGGCUUUGUGAUAUUCAAUUACGAUCCCUGCGGCACCAACUGGGACUUCAGUUUCCUACUAAACAGGAAUGUCAUCCAGGGCUUUACCUGCAGAGGGACUUUCGCUCAGUCUGUCUACGUGGACAUACCAAGUGAAUCGCUGUACCGCCCCGGUAACAUCGAAGGCAAUACGGGUCAGACAGGACGUUGGAUGUUCCGCCUCAACACACCAAGCCCGGGCUUCGUCAAUCCACGUCUUGAGUGCCACGAUUGGUACCAUCGCCAGUCACCUUACCCUUUAUUUGAUGACUACUUUCCUAGUUUCCAGGACAUUUGCCCUUGCAGUCUGCAGAGUGCCUCGUUUGACAGGCGAUUCAUAGAGGUUCCAGCCUACAAUGUGCCUUGGGAACUACAAUUUGACUCGGGAUUCCCUGUUGUUUGUUUCGUGCGUCUGUUCCAAGUGCCUGGAACUCCAGGUCCUCGGUGUUGCUACAAUACCUUUACCUGCGAUCUCCUGUACGAUGUAAGGAGCCCAAGAAUCGCUUCAGUCUUCGAGCGCUACCCACUCAGCCCAGCGUUUUACACAGAGGACUUGUACCAACAGUGGCUAGACGAGGAGGUGUGGGCUCGCUAUUAUUGCUGUGGGCGAUCAGAUCUUUGCCAUCUGUACAGAGAGUGGCGCCCUCCCAUGUUUUGUUGGUCGUACCGUCCUCUUGCCUGGGUGUGGGGCUGGGGAGACCCCCAUAUCGUUACCAUCGAUGGAUUGGAGUACUCCUUCAAUGGUCUGGGAGAAUAUACACUGGUACUCAUCGAAGAUGGUGAUGGACAACGAGUCUUUGAGCUGCAAGGUCGUACACGACAGGCCGUGGAUACAGAGACAGGACAACUUAGCCAGGCCACUGUCUACUCUGGUUUCGCUGCAGAGUACACAGGACAAGGAAGGGUUGAGAUCAAAUUAAGUAAUGAUGCCAUGGAUUUAGUGACGACUGUCAAUGGUGAUAUUGUCACACCUACAGCUGAAGGAUUGCUGUUCAACAGUCUUCGUCUAACGAGGUCGGAUAAUCCCAUCGAAGUGAGCGUCAUAUACGCGGAAUAUGUCACCUUUACUGUUAGGGUUAACAACAGCAUGGCCGACAUAACCAUCCUCUUCAACCAGGACUUCAGAGGCAGAACUAAGGGACUUCUAGGUGUGUGGGAUGAUGACCCAAGCAAUGACACUUUGAGGCGUGAUGGCACAUUGCAAUCAGCCUCUGGUGACAAUGGAGAGUUGCUGGAGAUUGAUUUCUUUGAAUUUGGCGAAACGUGGCGCAUUACUGAUGCCGACUCCCUGUUCUACUACCUGCUUCCUAAUGAAAGCUACGACUCCUUGAACGACCCUAACUUCAAUCCAGACUUUCUGCAAGAUUUGCUUGACAGAUUACCGCAGGACAAAAUCGACGAGGCCAAAGCAGUCUGCGGGUCCAGCAAAGCGUGUCUGUACGAUUCCUUGGCCCUGAAUGAUACAAGCAUCGGUAUGGCUACAUUAGUACUCAAUGAGAUGAACACCAUUAACAUGGCGUUGUCAACCAACUUCCCGCCGAAUCUGACGCUUGUGGAGACCAUCGCGGUUGUUGUAGGGCAGACCUUUACCUUGCAGUUAGAAGCAGCUGAUCCAGAUGGAGAUAAUAUCACAUACCACCUGCUUCAGACGGUAGAAGGGGCAUCAAUUUCAUCAGAUGGCGGUCUUUUCACAUGGACUCCUACAAACAGGUCCAAGGUCUCGAUUGGUUUCCUAGCCACAGACGGUAGAGCCAAUGCAACGCUUGAACCCAUUGUGAAGCUUUGUGAUUGUGAGAAUGAUGGCACAUGUCUGUUUGAUCAGUUCGUUAGUGGAACCAACCUUGUGGAGGAUCGCUUCGGGGUGGUGUUGUGUGAGUGUCAGAUGGGCUUCACUGGUGAGUCUUGCGAUAUGGAUUAUGACGCCUGCGCCGACAACCCUUGUUUCACGGGUGUGGCUUGCACUGAUGAGGCCCCGCCAUCGUACAACAGCACCUGCGGACUUUGCCCUGAAGGACUCGAGGGAGACGGCAGGAGCUGCCAAGAUAUCAACGAGUGUGAGUUGUACAGAAACCAAACAGCUAGCAGUGGCGGACCAGGCUGUGAUCAAAACUGUGACAACAUCCUCUUGAACUUCACGUGCAGUUGCAAUCCUGGAUAUUUACUGCACGAGGAUGGCAGACGGUGCAUCGAAAUACCUGCAACUAUGGCUGCUGUCUCAACUGCAGCUUCAACAACAACUUAUCCCCCGAAGAGCACUACCGCAGAAGCGCCAUCACCGACUGCUCCGAUGUCGACUGCAGCUUCAACGACAUAUCGGUCGGCCACCUCUCCUGCAGGCAUUCCAUCAACGACCCCUCAGCGAUCUGCUGCGACUCCAGCAGCGACUUCCAAAACGACAACUGCAGGUUUGACUUCAAUAGUGACUUCGAAAUCGACUUCUACAGAAACAACCGCAAAUCCAAUACCAACUACCAGUCCAGGAGCAUCCCUUCCAGAAACGACAUCUGUAUCAGGUUCUGACGGUAGGGUGCCGACAAGUGCUGGUUCGACCACUAGGUCAACCACUAAAGAGCAAUCAGGAACAACUGAGACAAUGACCACUUCAAAAUCGGUUGGAGAGCAACCGCGCACGACUGCGAAAAUGACCACUGCAAAGCCAGUUGCAGAUCCAACGACUGAGCGAAUCACAAGUACAGUUUCAAAUUCUCGCACCUCGGCAGAACCUUCAACUAAAGAGCAAAUGCGCACAACUGCAAAAAUGACCACUGCAAAGCCAGUUGCAGAUCCAACGACUGAGCGAAUUACGAGUAAAGUUUCAAAUGCUCGCACUUCGGCAGAACCUACAACUAAAGAGCAAACGCGCACGACUGCAAAAAUGACCACUGUAAAACCAGCUGCAGAUCCAACGACUGAGCGAAUUACGAGUAAAGUUUCAAAUGCUCGCACUUCGGCAGAACCUACAACUAAAGAGCAACCGCGCACGACUGCGAAAAUGACAACUGCAAAACCAGUUGCAGAUCCAACGACUGAGCGAAUUACAAGUAAAAUAUCAACCGCUCGCACCUCGGCAGAACCUACAACAGAAGAUUGCCAGUUAUCGGCCUUCAGCUGUCUAAAUGGAGGGACAUUUGAUGCUGAGUUUUGCGAGUGUGUUUGCCCACUUACUCAUUCAGGAGCAACAUGUGCUGAUGCGAAUCCGUGUCUCUCUAGUAAUAGAUGCCCUGAUGCUCAACACUACUGUCUACCAGAUAUAAACCAAGAUGGCUUCACUUGCAUUUGCAAUGUUUUCAACGGGUCUUUCCCGCAAGAUGAUGGUGCUUGUCAACAACUUCCGUCUAAACAGAUUGUGUUGACAGCUAAUUUGGAUUUCAACCAGACCUACAAAAAUCCAACAUCAAGUGCAUUCCAGAGAUUAGCUGCUGUGUUUGAACGAGCGAUUUUGAUGAGGCUUAAGGAGCAUCCAUCUACCAACGGUGUAUUGUCAGUGCACGUCCCGUGGAUGGAGGAAGGCAGUGUUAUCGUGAGGUCUGUGGCUUCAUUUGAAAACGUUGCGCCCUCAAACGUCGCCAUACAGGAAGUCAUGUCAAGCAGUCUAUCACUGAGUGACGGCAAUACAGUCAUCGACAUCAACCGUGAUUCUGUAAUCGUAAACGAUGGGGAAGUAGUCUGUGCACCAACCUACUGCAAGAAUGGCGGGACGUGUAACACGUCUGGGAACUUUCCUUACCAUUCGUUUACGUGCAGCUGUCAAGCUUCACAUACUGGGGAGCGUUGCGAGACAGAAAUCGACGGGCCCGGUUCGGACGGUCUGUCCACCAUUGCCUUAGUACUCAUCAUCGUUGGAUGUGCUGUGCUUAUUCUCGUGGUGGCGUGCAUGCUGUUCUGCAUGUGUCUUCUCCUUUUGAGGCAACGUACCAAGCCACUUGCUUACCGUGACCACAUACAGCGGUUGGGUGUGCCUAGAGAAAGCCGGAGCAUUCUUGAUCUGAGCACGGAGUCUGGUGAUGUCCCCCGCAUGGCAGAUUUUGAUGAUGAGAGGGGUAGGAUGAGUCGUCUGAUGCACGUCAUGAGUCGCUCUCCCUACCUACAGCAGGGUUUACCGGGCCGAGAGGAGUUUAUCCGGCCCUAUAUAGCAACAGGACUGGAAGGGCCGUACCGUCAAGAUCCUCACGCCGAGUAUGCAGGACGCGUGGUGCGCAAUCCGAUGGCCAUCUAAAAUUCAUCGCCAACGAUUGCAUUUUAAUGUUCUGUACCAGUCUCAAGUCAAUGUAUUACUGCACUGGGAAAAUGCCUGGGUUAAUUUUACCCAUGCAAGGGUGAAAACUGCAACUACCAAAAAUUGGGUUCGCCUUUACCUAAUCGUUUGAGUCGGGGUGAUCUAAAUCAAAUUAGGUUUUGCCCUUCACCGACGUCGCAGACGUCUGCACUGGAAAGCAGGAGGUCGUGGAUUCGAGUCCCAUCGGAGUGAUUUUUUCCA